GUGAUUUGACUUUAAACAUGUCUAAGCAAUUGAUGGUUUGUUUGGUUCUGGUUGCGGUUUUGGGAGACCAAUUCAUGCAAAUUGAAUGUGGUGGUGGUGGUGGAUUGUUUGACAAAGCAAUGGGAGCCAUGACACAAGUGAACAAAAAAGACGAAAGCGGCCGAGCAGCUCUUCAUCUCGCUGCUGAGAGUGGUAAUUUGAAGGACGUUAAAAAGCUAAUUGUGAGAGGAGCGGAAGUUGAUUUGACAGACAAUCAUCAGCGCAAACCUCUUCAUUUGGCUGCUAUGAAUGGUUCCAAGGAUGUCGUUGAAUUUCUCAUCACGAAAGGAGCCAAUGUUAAUUCUGAAGAUUACCUUCAUCAGACACCUCUUCAUUUAGCUACUGAGAAUGGACGCAAGGAUGUCGCUAAAAAGCUUAUCAGCAAUGGAGCCAAAGUUGAUGUUAAAGACUAUGGUAAUCGGACAGCUCUUCAUUUAGCUGCCAAGAAUGGCCACAAAGAUGUCGCCAAACUGUGCAUCGAUAAAGGAGCCAAUGUUGAUAGUGAAAAUAAACUGAAAAUGACACCUCUUCAUUAUGCUGUAAUGAAAGGUCACAAGGAUGUCGUUGAAUUGCUCAUUAAAUAUAAAGCCAAUGUUAAUUUGAAAGCUCACGGUCGAACACCUCUAAAUUAUGCCAUUUCUAAUGGCCACACGGAUAUCAGCAAACUUCUCAAGGACAAUGGAGCCGUUCAUCAUUAAAUCAAAUGAAAAUUGCACAAUGCACACUCCAAUGGAUCAACGCAUUGAAGAUGAGACAUCACAUUCAAAUAAAAUGUUUGUUGAAGAAAUCCAACGAAAGAAUUUCUUACC